UUGGUCGAGCCUUCUCUCUCUCCUCUAAAGUCAGAAGUUUUGGCUAUGGCGCUGGAGUCUUCCAGGAUCACAGUGACCAACAUUUGCUUGGUUUCUCCAAGUUACAGCCCGGAGAAUGUCGAUCUGUUGGAGAGGAAGAAGCAAAUGCGUCUCUGUGCUGCUUCUCAUAUGAUUUGGUUCGUGCCUUACAGGACUCGCCUUCUCUUCUUCCGAAAGCCUCCUCCCCAUCUCUCCUUCGGGGCCAUUGUAGCAAAUCUCAAGAGUUCUCUUGCCAAGGCGCUGGUGGAGUUUUAUCCCCUGGCAGGGAGAUUGCUUGUGAGUGACAGCGAGAAUGGACUCCGGAUGGAUGUGGUUUGCAAUGACAAAGGCGUGCUCUUCAUUGAAGCCAGUGCUACUGGAGUUACUGUUGAGGAGCUCGCAAAGGAUGAAGUGAGUGGUCAUUUCGAGGGGAUUCCAGCAAAACUAGUGGAAGAUCUGGCACAAUGUGGAGACUACGAUAUAUUGACAAUUCCAUGGUCCUUCGAUGCUCCUCUGUUCAUCAUCCAGGUGACAGAGCUUUCUUGUGGAGGCAUUUGCAUCUCCAUCAAGUUCAAUCACCAGCUUUUAGAUGGAGCUGGGACCUGGAACUUUGUCAAGUCAUGGGCCGAGGUCUGUUGUGGUAAAUCUAUGUCACUCAAGCCCGUGGUCGUGGAAACUCCACCAUGCAUUGCGGUCUCGGACGAUCAUCCCACAGAUUUUGAGCUUCGAGCAGGGUUUGAAAGGGUCUGCAACGCGGAUUUACUGAAAGUAAGCACCAAGUCAACAUCGCAGUCCGCGGAGUAUGACAUGAAGUGCUUUGCAUUCAAGAAGGAGAUGAUCCAAAAGAUGAAGCUCGAGAAUCCAGGGUUCAGCUCGUUCCAGCUUCUCACGAGUUUCAUAUGGUCCAGAGUUAACGCUGCGAGAGAUCUCAAGGAUGACGAAACCACUACUCUUUUAUUUGCAGCAAACUGUAGAGGACGGAUCAAGACUGUGCCGAAGGGAUUCGUAGGAAUGGCCGUGGUGUAUGAUCACGUUUCCACCAAAGUCUCGAGCCUACGAGCUGAGGGAAAUGAGCUGAGAAAUGGGGCGGAUCUUCUCAAGAAAAAGAUCGGUGAUUUGCUCACGGAGGAAGGCGCGGGUCUCUACUCAAAGGUUGUGAGCAGUGGCGACAGGGGCUUCACAGCUUUUCCUCAAUCUAAGAGGGAAACAGCAUUGAUCGUUGGAAGUUCGUUCUACUUCCCGGUUUUCGAGGACUUUGGAUUUGGAAAGCCGGUUGGAAUGACGCUGGUUCGUCCUUCUGAGGAUAGCAAGCUAUACUAUUUCCCAGGGAAGGAGGAAGGUGAUGUGGUAGCAUAUAUUGGGCUCACAAGUCACGCGAUGAGAAAGCUUAGUUUUCCACAGGUUUGAAACAAUAUAAAGUUGUCUCUUUGCCCCUCACCGCGGGACGGCAUGGAAAUCAAGGCGAGGAUCUUCGAGACAGAUGUUUCUGAUGGUACCGUUAUUGUUGACAUGCACGGGAAGCUCCAGAUAAUGGAUCGGGCCACCGCGGCUUUUGGCUGGAUGAAAGAGACGAAUGCUGUCUCCUUGACUGCUAUGUUCCCAGAAUUUGCCCGGAAUGGGCAUUACAGAGGCGCUCUCGAGCUCCUCCAUGGAUUUGGAGGGAGUCAAGCCAAAUGGCUUGCCAUUUUUUUUUUCCUGGAAGCCUGCGCCGGUCCCGGGAAUAGAAUCUGCUGUAAAAUUUUCCACUCCCGAAAUCGAGGGAAUGGAGCUUAUGCGCUGGGGAAAUGCGGUCACGUUGCGCGAUGAUGGCGGCGUAUGCCCAAAACGGACAGCACAGGGAAGCGCUCCGAGUCUUUAGCGAGCUCGACACGAUGCUGGAUCGCGAGCGUCUUGGAGGCGUCCUCAAGUUUGGCCAUGGCUAGAAUCUCGGAUCCUUGCUAGUGGAAUUCGCGUGAGCGUGAUCGUGGUCGUCACCACUUACAGAAAGUGUGGAGCUCUCAGCCUCGCGAGAUCCACGUUCAAUGGCCUGUGCUGGAACACGAUGAUCUCCGCCAACGUGCAGCACGGCAACGCCAGGAAGUGCUCAAGCUCUUCAACGAGCUCAAACAAGCCGGGACUUUGAGCGAGCACUGCUGCAUGAUCGAUCUGCUGGGACGAGCUGGGGGAUUUGAAGAGGCUGAGAGAGUGGUUGCUCCAUGAAACGCAAUGUCCUCUCCUGAUCAUGAAUGUCGCCUCUCAAUCACCAAGUCCUGGAUAAAACCAGGGCAUGGCAUUUCGUAGUUCGAUAUAAGCUGCGGCAAAUCCCCGUCACUUGUGGUCGUGGAAACUCCCCUGGACAACGAGCAGAGCUGGAGAUUUAGCUCCCGCCGAUUUUUCAUGCGGUGGAAGAUUAGAACUUGUUCACACUAUCAACGCCAUGAAAAGCUUCUCGUUUGCCCAGGAGUGAGAUUCCACGGCAAAGAGAUGGAAGACCCCGUUCUUCUCAGUCAAGUGCUGUGAAAGCUCUCCAACGCUGGAAACUAUGACUCUCAGUUGGAGAUGUACGCUUUCUCAUGACAUGAGGAGGAGUUGCCACCUCAUAGAUCCACGUUGGCUGGAGUUGAGUAGAUCAGAGCCACAUUGUCCACACGACGCUUCCGCUAUGUUUUGACACUCUCGAGACUGUCAUGUUCAGGACGGCCUCCAUAGACAUGCAAGCCACCUCUAUAUGAGCCAUGACUACAGCGCUCUAGGCUCGCCGUCAUAGAUUUUGUUUUAGUGCAGACAGGGUGUGACUGGCGGAGUCUUCUAGAUCCUUUUGGGUAUGUCCUUGAGAGCGUUCCUGGCUGAAAGAUCCAGCUCUCUCUCCUCGCCACCGAGGCACUGGCGAUAGCUUCGAAGGUAGUAAACGCAGCUGCGAUUGCAAGAGCAGUCAUCGUCACCGAAGCAGUAGUGGACACUCUCCUCUCGAGCUGCUGUUUGGACUGAGAAAAUGAGGAAGAUCGCCAUCGAGAUCUUCAUCUUCGCCAUUCCUGGUGGAAACCUUAAACGAGAGCACGAAACUCUCGAAGUUCACACUGCCUGGUCCUUAGAAACUCUCGAAUCGAAAUGAAAGAACAAACACUCUUUACUUUUAUGGUGUAUCCACCACAUCCAAGCACCGAGAACCUUUCACGUGUUCCAGCGAUUCAAUACUCUUCCAGCAGUGUAAUCGUCUUCCAGCUCAAGCAGACACAUGACAGGUGCUGCAAGAAGACAAAAGAAAACGAUGUGUCACACUAUAAUCUUCUAUGCUAGCUCCACGUUGUUCCUGAUAAGUUUGCGAUGGAUAGAGCACCGUAGCUCUGCUGCUGCUAAUCCAUUCCCUGCAUAUUUGGAGGCAGGUUCGAAAACAGAAGAUAAGCUGAAGCUUGAGAUUGCUAACCCCACUUAUUGCAUUAAUGGCUUCAAUUGAUAUUUGUAA